AUGGUGCGCGCAGAGGAGCACUCCCCUGAGGCCGCCGAGGCGGAUAAAAACGCCGACGUGGGCGCCAACGUCUUGACCUCGGCACUGUUGCGGUCCAGUCCAGAAUCCGGGAUUGAUCCUCGAGAAGUUGAACAUCGUCAAUCUGUGUUCGGUUCCAACGCGAUCGCAGCAAAAAGUUUGGACAGCUUUUUCAGACUCUGCUGGGAGGCUGUGCAGGACUUUGUUCUCAUCAUGCUGAUCGUCCUGGGCAUAGUUAGUAUUGUGAUCGAAGUCGGGACUUUAGAAGAUGGGGAAGACUGUAAAACGUGCUGGAUUGAAGGUGCCGCAAUCUUGGUAUCGGUUUGCAUUGUUGUGCUGGUCACAGCUAGCAUUGACUACGCGAAGCAAUUUGCCUUCAUUCGAUUGACCCGCUCAUUACACGACACGAACACGAAGCAGGUAAUACGCGAUGCUAAACAAGUAUCGGUCAUCGACGAUGACAUCGUGGUUGGAGAUAUUCUGUCUGUCAACGCACAUAAUCUUGCCUCAAUCCCAGCAGAUUGCGUAUUAUUGGGACCCGCAGGCGACUUGAAAAUGGACGAAUCGACGUUGACGGGUGAGUCCAAGGCUGUCAGUAAAAAACCUGGGGACAUAAUUUUAAGUGGUACAACAGCAUCACAAGGGUCAGGCAAGAUGGUUGUGAUUGCAGUCGGUAUCCACUCUGUGGCCGGCAAAAUAAAAGCACGUGUGUACGAAUCUGAAGAUCAUGAAGAUGAAUUGGGUGACGAUGGUGAACACUCGCCUCUUUUCUUCAAAAUAAAUGCGAUUGCCAAGCGAGUUGGUAUUGCUGGAACCGUCGCAGCGGCCAUCUCCUUUAUUGGUUCCUGUAUUAUUGGAUUUGCCGUGGAAGGAAACAAAGCGACUGCUAUUGUGGACUAUCUGGUAGUGGCGAUCACAGUCUUGGCUGUUGCCGUCCCGGAAGGCCUACCUCUGGCUGUCACUCUUGCGUUGGCUUUUUCAUCCAUGAAAAUGACCAAAGAACAGAAUCUCGUAAAGCAUUUGGACGCGUGCGAAACUAUGGGAUGUGCUACCACAAUAUGCACGGACAAGACGGGAACCCUUACAGCCAACAAAAUGACAGCCCGAGCGGUCUUUUCUGGUACGGUGAACUAUGUAGUUGCCGAUCCUGCUCACGCUCUUGGCGACUAUGUGAGAAAUCAUCAAGGUGGCCUUUCCCCUAAGGUGGUAGACUUAAUAUGUUGUGCAAUAGCUAUUGACACAAUGAACGAAUCGGUCCUGUAUUUGGACGCAAACGGCCUCGUGGAGAGUUCUUGUGGGAACCCAACUGAAGUUGCACUUUUACAUCUUUGCCACGAUUUGGGUUCAAAUUACGAAAACAUUCGUAACCGGACAAGGGGACGAUCGGACCAGGGUAGCCUUGGCGCCUUUCUAUGUCAAGGCAAGCAAUAUGGAUUUUCGUCUGCCCGAAAGAUGAUGAGUUGGGCUGUUCCUCUAGCAGAUGGUGGCUACCGACUCUACUGCAAAGGCGCGCCGGAGGUUUUGAUGUCACGGUGUGUGCUAUUCGUAAAUGCAUCCGGCGAAGAUGAAACGCUGACCGAACACGUGCUCGGUGAAUUCCAGGAAGUCUCCGUGGGAUAUGGUCGUCGGGGAAUGCGCUGUCUGGCGCUCGCAUAUCGUGAUAUUCCGGCGGGGUUUGACUUGGAAAGCCUGAGUAGUGAACAUACGAAUGCGGAUGGGAGAGAUGCUUACGUUGCGGAGACAGACUUGAUAGCAAUCGCGCUAGUGGGUAUUGAGGAUCCGCUGCGAGCUGAAGUACCGGGGGCAAUUGAAAAGUGCUACCAGGCUGGGAUCGACGUUCGAUUGGUGACAGGAGACAAUCCCAGCACUGCUGUAAGCAUUGCGUACCAGGCUGGAAUUCUUCGAGACUUUCAUUUCUUGGACAAUACGGAUGAGCGUGUCGCUUUAAACUUAAAAGAGAAUGUGUUGAUGGAAGGCAAGGCCUUCAGACGUAUGGUUUACGUUGACGGAAAGGAGAAAGGUUCAAAAGAAUUUGAUCAGUCUGCUUUCGACAAAAUAUGGCCACGUCUUCGUGUACUGGCACGUAGUUCUCCGGAUGACAAACUUACUCUUGCACAUGGACUAAACAAGGAAGGUAUCAAGGUGUUUCCAGAUAGGCAAGUGAUCGCAAUGACAGGAGACGGUACUAACGAUGCUCCGGCAUUGAAGCGGGCAGACAUAGGGUUUGCAAUGGGAAUUGCUGGGACACAAAUCGCCAAGGAUGCGGCCGACAUUAUUCUUUUGGACGACAACUUUGCCUCAAUCGUGACAGCUGCAAAGUGGGGUCGGAACGUUUACGCUUCCAUACAGAAAUUUCUUCAGUUCCAGCUUACAGUGAAUAUUUCAGCGGUUGCGACUGCCUUGGUUGGGUCUUUUGCCUACCAAGCAAGCCCACUCGCUGCAAUCCAGCUACUUUGGGUGAAUCUUUUGAUGGACUCUUUGGCAAGCCUUGCGUUAGCUUCGGAGCCCCCUGUCGACUCCCUCUUGCAGAGACCUCCUGUAAAUCGAACGGACAGCAUGAUCACUAAGCAUAUGUGGGCAAAUAUGCUAGGACAAGCCACUUAUCAAAUUACAGUCGUCAUGGUGUUACUUUUUCCCGGACCGGAUUUACUGGACCUAGAAGCUGGACACAAAGAUAGAGAUGUGAACACAGUUCAUUACACGUUAAUUUUUAACGCGUUCGUUUGGAUGCAACUAUUUAACGAGAUCAACUGUCGGAAGUUGAAGGGUGAAAUCAAUGUCUUCGAGGGCAUCUUGAACAACCCCAUGUUCUGUGGAAUACUUUUCACCACGGCUGUCCUCCAAGUUCUAAUAGUAGAAUUUGGGUCUCUAGCUUUCAAGGUAGCUGACGAUGGCCUUCCAGCCCGCUUCUGGGCUCUGUCAAUGAUACUUGGAUUCGGAUCUCUCCCUGUCCAACAAUUGAUAAAUCAGUUUUACAAUGUGGCACAAAAUUAUAACAUUGGACGAAAUGCAGCUCGAGUGAAAAAAAACAUGCAGCUAUCGCGGGAAAAUAUUGGCGUUUCUAAUGAGUACCGCGAUUGAUGAAUGCAAUCUAAGUUCGAGCUAUGAUAAGCAUAAAACUUGAAUGGUUACGAAGUCAUCUGAGCACUUAUUGGAAGUCACCAGGAGAGCCGGGAUGGUCCAGACAGAAAUUCCAUCUGCUUCAAUUCAUGUAAGGCUGGUGCCCACUACUGUUAAUGCCACCUUAGAAUGCUAUCGGAAGCAAUCUUGGCAAUAUAUUCCAGGUAAUUGUACUUGGGAGGAGCCUAUGCAGCAUUUACUACUACGGCAAUGAAAAACUUUGUAACAUGACGUAAGGAAAAAAGGCGGCAAAGUUUGACAAAAAUAAGCCGUGUUUGUGAGAGUCGUACCGCACUUCCCUGCCUUGUAGCUCAGGCCCACGAGAUGAGUUUUGUCUGUGUAUGGACAAAACCCAAAUUAAUGACAACGUAGCAACUUCCC